UCUGACGCUUCCUGCCUGGCCCUGGGCCUUUCACAGUCACAGGGAGAAGUGCCAGCCCCACGCCCAGGGCUGAGGUGAUCAUCAUUCCAUGGGAGCAGGGCCAAGAGGGUUCUUACUACAGAGAGCAGCUUGAGUGCCCAGGGGAAUUCCUGGGGCAGAGAGUGGGGCUAGUGGGUGCAGGGGAGCUCCCUGGACAGGUCAGGGAAGGCAGCAGUUCAGGAAUCCCUGGGGAAGUCCUGACUGGGGCAGGGAGCUGGCUGAGAUGAUAUUAGCUGUGCAGUGAACGGGAGACGCGCCGUUGCAGUGAAGUCAUCGCAGAUUUCUCAUGCAGUCCCGGCUAAUCACAGGAUAUAUAAGAGCCACCGGAGCCUCCUACUGCCUGGGGCCUCCAGAGCAAUCAGAUUAACGGAGAGUGUCCGGCUGCGGGGAAAAGGGGCCCGUGGAAGCUCAGCACCAGGGAGCCGUGCGGCUCGCUCGGUCCUAAGACCAGGAGACUAGCGCUGCCCUUGGAGAAGAUGGGCCAGACAAAGCUGUGGUUCCUCGCUGGGCUGCUGGGUCUCUGCACGUGGCCGGAGCCUGGCAAAGGCUCCCUCCCGUUUCACAUGAACUCCGUGAUCCAAGUCGUAGAAGUGCUGGAAUCUCACCACCUGGACGGACACCUCAACCUGACCGUGACGGAGCUCGCCCGGGGCCUGGGCUGCUGUGACAGCGAGUUCUACCAGCUCCUGCUGGGGGAGGCACCUGCCGUGCCCCCGGAUCUGCCCUUCCUGAGCCAGGAGCAGAGAUCCUUCCUCAUGCGCGUCCUGAAGCACAAAGUCCAGGCGUCCUCGACUGAGCAGGGGGUGGUGUUGCUCCCUGAUGGCACCACAGUGGCUGUAAGCCCCUUGGUGGCUGGGAUUGAAGCAGGGCUGAAGGGGAGGCGGGAGAUGCCGCUGCCCCCCGAGGCUUUGGAGCCUUUGCUAGUUACGACUGAGCCCUUGAACCAGACACAUCCGGGGCUGCCCCUGACUAUAGACGCCCUCUACGCAGUGACCAUUGCCAAGGCAUUGGGCGUGGCCUUUCUCCUGGCUCAGGCCAACAAGAGCCAGGUGCUCAUGGGGCCGAAUGGCUGCUGGGACAGCGUGUCCGAGCCCCAAAAUUUCACCCUCCUGGGCCGCCCCUCAAACCUCACUGAUGCCUUCAUCAAUGGGGCGCUGGACGGGGUGAUCCUGGGGGCACACCUAGCAGGGCAAGGCAUGCCCGUGGCCCCGCUGAGCCCCCUGCUGAGAGAGUACUACGCUGGGGAUGGCCUGGCCGGGGAUGGCCAGGCCAGAAGCAACUUCAGGCGCCAGAACUUUGUGCAGCUCACGGAGGCCGGGCAGCUGGAGGAGCAGGUGGUGCGCUCCCUCCAGCUGCUCCGGGCGCUGCCCUGGAUGGCGCCCCUGCUUAGCGGGGUUGGGGACGGGGACCUGCUGGCCGCUUGGGCUGAAAGCCCAGAUCCAAACUGCAAGGGAAACGGGAUCUGUCUCCUUCUCAGCUUCUGUCUGCUUUUGCCCUGCUGCAGCUUCGUGGUCGGAUCAGACGGAUACAUGUACCAGGGCCGGGGUUGGCACUGGGUUGGCGCUCACACCCGUGGCUACAACAGUAAAGGCUACGGCGUGAGUUUCAUCGGGGACUACAUGGAUACGCUGCCGGAAGCAUUUGCCCUCAUGCUGGUGCGUGACAACUUCCUGCCGUGCGCGGUGAAGGGCGCCAAGCUCCAGGCCAACUACACAGUGCAUGGGCACCGGCAGAUGGUGCACACUGCAUGCCCGGGGAACAUACUCUACCGGGAGAUCCAAACAUGGCAGGGCUUCAAGUGAGAACUCCUGGCCAUGGGUCGUGUUCCAGGUAAUGACCCAGUUCAGGACACAUCCCACCAGGACCAGGACCAUGCCUUCAGACUGCCCAGGGAGCAGGCUGCAGUGGCCUGUUCCCAGGAGGGUGGCUCAGUGAAGGCUAUUCUGUCAGGGGGGCUUCGCUAGCCCCAGGAGUUACAAUGUGCUGCUCUGCUCCUGUACUGAAAAUCCCCCUCCAAUAAAGCUGGUCAUGGGAACA